AAACAGGUGGGGCGAUGCCUGUCUCUAUGGAGACUUCUGUGAUGCCACACACUGCCCCAGGGUGCCCUGGCAGGAGUCUGGAAGCUCAUCUCCUCCCACCUGGAGUACAAGGUCCAGUUCCCAGGCCAAAGGGUGGUGGGCUGCCUCGCCCUGGGGGACAGACCCGGUCCUGGGGCCCCCCUUCCUGAUGUUCCUGAAGAAGACCAGCGUGCUGUCAGAGGGGCACAGCAUGUCCCCCAUCCCGAUCACCCAGAGCCUGCGGAUCCUGCGGAGUGUGGCCCGCAGGGAGGCCCCCUGCUCAGAACGAAGGCCACACCAGGCCCCACACAGCCUCAGCAAGUCAGCUCUGGCCACCUCCUGCUACUCGAGGAAGACGAACGUGCCCAAGGCUGUCCCCAGCCUCAGCGGCUUUGCGCCCGAGAUGGAGGCACUGAGGAAGGCAUUCCUCAUGCGGCCCGGCUGCCCCCAGUUCAGCACCAGGGCGACAUCCAUGUCUCAUCUGGGCUCGGGAUCCUCCAUCCACCCGCCCAGGGUGUUGGGCAGCCGCUCCAAGAGCCAGAGGGGGAUGGAGGACUGGCUGCUGGACAGGCAGGACUCGGACCAGAGUUCAGAGGGGCGCCCCCUCCUGGGCAGCAAGAGCGACUGCCAGCUCAGCACGCAGAGGAAGAGCACCUCCCAGACCCUGAGUCCUGUGUGCAGCUGGGGGGGCACAGACCAGAGGCUGCCCUGGUACAUCGCGGUCAUCCAGGAGAAGGAUCGCUCCCUGCUGGCGCUGGGAGAGGAGGUCCAGCGUUUCUCCAAGCUGGAGACGCAGGUCCAGAAGAAAGACCAGGAGAUACAGAUGCUGCAGAGGGAGAUGGAGGCCCUGCAGAAGCAGCUGAAAUGCAUCAUCCGUAACAAAGGCCUCAAGACACCUGAGCGCCCGUCCUGGAGGGAGUCUCCCUUGGAGGCGGGGCCCAUGCUGGGGAGGCCGAGCCUCCUGAAGACCACCCACACAGACCAGCAGGAUGUGCUGCAGCCAGCACAGAUGCAAGGAGAGGACUCCCCGGCUGAGCUCGGCAGGGCACUAUCCCUGGAGCUGGGGAGUGAUGAGGAGGACCAGGGCCCAGGCCCAGAGCCCAAGGGGGCUGGGGACGGCGCCGCUGGUGGGACAGGGGCUGUGCAGCAGGAGGGUGCAGAAGAGGAGGAGGAAAAGGAAUUGGAAGAGGAGGACGAGGAGGAGCUGCCCCAGGAAGGGGGCGGAAGCUGGGGACAGGCGUUCUCAGUGACCGAGUCACUCGAGGAUGAGCUCUUGGCCCAGCUGGAGGAGUACGAGCGCACGCUGCUGGAGUUCCAGGACGAGCUGGAGGCCAUCGGGAUCAGAUUCUGCCUCGCCACGGGAACCAUUGCGUCCUUGCAACGACAGCUGACAUUCCAAGAGUCCCAGAUGCAAAAGGUCAACAUGGAGAACGAGGCACUGCAGAAGGAGCUCCGUGAGCGGAAGCAGCAGCUGCAGGCCAUGUCCGACAAGCUGCUAGGAGGUUCUGCGGCUCUGCCUCUACCAGAGCUCCACCGGAAAGGCUGAAGCUCUCAUCCCGGCGGUGCAGGGCAGGGGACCAGGUGCAGUGGUCACUCCGUCCUCUCCGACCCUCUGCCUCCCCCAGUUCUCCAGGCUCCGGGAAGAUAAGAAGCACCGGGAGGUAAUGGGGCUCAUCGAGAAGGACAACCUCAGUCUUCGCCAGCUUGAGCGGCUGAGGAGCAAGAUCAUGCAGGCGGCCUUCAGCGUCACAGGGGUGGAGGCGUUGGCAGCAGAGAUCUCUGACAAUGACAUUCUGGAGGCCCUGCAGAGGAUCAUUUUGGAG